CUUGGCUUCCUGUUCUGUAUAUUAAUGGCUGGAUUAACCUGGACCCAAGAGUGUAAAAGCCAGGUUGAGGCCUCUUUUCUAGACGUGUAUGAUGAUAUCUUUGAACAAGUUCUUAGGAGAUCUUCUGAAAAUGCAAAGAAGCAGCUUGUACAAACACAUGAUAUAUUUCAGUGCUGUGGAAAGACUGGGGGACAUCUGAAGAUACCUGAUACCCACAAUUUUUGCAAGAGCAGAGAAGAAGGACAAGACUGUGUGUUGAUAAUAUCUACAGCUUUGCACAUACAUUUACACUGGGUUAGAAUGUUGCUGCUCCUGUCUCUAGGAUUCACGGUCUAUGGCAUGGUGCUUACGUCCUUUCUCUACUUCUCUCUGCCGAAAGGAAAUGUGUGGGAUCGCAGAGGAGAAUACAGCCUAAACAAUGCUUUCAUCUGCCCCUCGGGGACCACACAGGAUACCCCACUUUCUCAGCUUCUGCCAAACCAUUCUGUACAAUGA